AUGGUUCGUGUGAUUCCCGCCAUGUUGGUGGCCGUCGCGGGCCUCGUGACUGCCCAGUAUGAUGGAUGGGAUCUUGAGAAGGGUCAAGUGAGCUCGUCCAUGUGUUACUGGUACGCACCAAGAGCUGCCGUUAUUCGCGAUACACUAUGGCUAGACGGCGGAAGUCUGUAUUGGACCGCUACGUACCGGGAUGGGUCGAUUGGGAACCCAUCAACCCUGGACAACCCUCUUGGUCUCAUGUACACGCUAAACUUCAGCCAGCCUUUUGACAAAAACACAAACAUCACUUCCCUCAUCAAAACUUACUCAAAGGCCCCAGGAGGAAGUGGCAACGCCAAUAGCUUCGCGCCAAAUACCAUCGAUGGCGCUCUGCUUUACAACGAUGCGGAGUUCUUCUUGUACGGAGGUGUUUUCUCCAGACUGACGGACGCAUACGACCCUCCGCCCGGCGACAAGGCACUAGCAUGGCGCAUCUACGAGUAUGGCGCAGAGAAGGCCGCCUUCAACAAUGGAAGUGAUCAGAGAACAUUAGACAACGGCGUGACUAGGUAUGUUGCCCAUGGAGGGGCUGCCAGUGCUCCCUCCGAAAACAAGGCCUGGUAUGUCGGUGGAAUGCGAUCGCCUCUUUGGAAUGACAUGUAUUCGGGCACGACGAACCGUUCUCUAAACGCUGUCAAUGCCUCCAAUACCCUCAUUACUCUCGACAUGUCUACCCAAAUGUACGAGAAGUUUUCCAAUCAGACAUUGCCAAGCAGUAUCAAGGCCAGGGCAAAUCCUGAGGUUGUCUGGGUUCCCGUUGGGGCUGAAGGCAUUCUCGUCGUCCUCGGCGGGGUAACCUAUCCCGAAUACGUCAAUUCCAGUCACAAAUCUGAUGACGCUGUGAAGAGUGCAAGCGAAAGUCCUGCUUUCAUGGAGACCAUUGACAUUUACGAUGUAGCCGGCGAUAAGUGGUACCAACAGAAGGUUGACGGAACGAAACCUCCUGCUCUUACUCGAGGCUGCGCUGUCCUUGCGCCAGCUCAGGAUUACUCCAGCUUCAAUAUUUACUACUACGGCGGCUACGAUGGAAUCCACGCCAAAGAAGACUUCAGCGACGACGUCUGGGUUCUCUCAAUUCCUUCGUUCCAGUGGACAAAGGUUUACGAGGGGGCUGCUCUCCACGCUCGUGCUGGUCAUCAAUGCGUAAUGCCGUACCCCGAUCAAAUGAUGGUCAUUGGCGGCUAUACGGCGAUGCCUGGAAAAGGCUUCCCGCCAUGCCUGGACGGAGGUAUCAUGCAGGUCUUUAAUCUUUCGAGUGCAGAAUGGCUCGAUGGGUACAGCCCAACGAAAUGGUCGAAUUACACCAUACCCACAGCAGUCCGUAGCAAAAUUGGUGGUGACGGGACGGGUUCGGCGACGAAGACAACUCCAGAGCCGUCCGGCUGGUCUGACCAGGGGCUAGCAUCCAUAUUCGCAACACCAUAUGUCACCUCGAAGAUCAAUAUAUGGUAUCCGUACACUGAAGCGAAAGAUCCCGGACGGCCAACUGUCACAGGCGGCGGAGACAAUGAAGGCGGUGAUGGCGGUGGAGGAACCCCAAAAUGGCUCGCUCCUGUUCUCGGCGUCGUCCUCGGACUUGUCUUUCUCACUGCCAUCCUCGUCGGCUUCUGCCUGUGGCAUCGUCGCAGAAUACUCAGACGCGGCAAUGGAACAGCAACACAGACGGACGAUAACGGAUCUAGAAUCAUUUCUUGGAUCAAGGGUCAGUCAAGCGUACCGGCCAAGGCGCUUACUGUCACGACUGAGGAAGCAUCUUCACAAGAUAUGGCCGAGGUCCGCACGCCGCCCCCUCCCCCUGCGGCAUCGCCUGUUCUCCAACAGGUGCAUCACGAGAUGGCCGACAACCAGAUCGCAGAGAUGCCAGAUACUUCGCGGCCGCCAGAACUUCACGGCGUAGGCCUGACCCCCAUUGAGAUCAUCAAUAAGCACACGCACUUCGGCAACGGUGGCACCUCCAACCCCGCAACAACACACCAAUCAUCCUACUAUGCUUCCGUUUCCUCCAACGAGAAUGCGUCGUCCCUUUCUCGGUCCUCGGGCGUGCUCGGGUACCAAACCCGCGCACAAUCGCCCGACCCAGGUCCGCCGUCCCCACCCAUCAGCAACGCUGCACCCGCUGCUUCUACCCGACGUGUCGGAUCCGACGUCUCUGGUCUUAGCGAUCAAGAGGCGCGGCACCUGAGACACAUCAGCGAGGUGACUGUCAGUUCUGCUUCAUCGGGCGGCGACCAGGAUGGUCCAACUACCCGGGAGCAGCCCCGUGGGGUUCCGGACACGGUGCCGGAGACUCCAACGCCCGGACACCCGAGUCCGCUGAGCCCGCCGACUGGAGCUUCGGACGGGGAGGAUUACAUCAGUGCGAGGAUGUUGCCUGUUAGCCCAGCCGGUACGGCAACAUUGAGGAAGAGUAUGUUCCACGAGAGUGAGGAUGAUCUUGGUUCGAGAAGGUAA